GCAAUGGGAGGAACCAGGAAGUUGAUUCCUGUGACUUGGCGCACAUAGGGAUUGCGGGUGCAUUCUGAUAUUCCUUGGGAUGCAUUGUGUGUGAGGAUUUUGUGAACUUCGUGCAGGGCUGCGCAGGUUGGAAAUCAAACAGUAACUUGCACCAAAAUCCUCAUAAUGUUCUCAAAUUUCCAUAGUCAGAAACACGUUUUUGUAAGGGCAUUGGUCUUCCGUUCUCUUGUUCACCGGUACAGGGCAAUUUAGGAUAUUUCUUCACUGGAGAUUAAUGGUGAGGAUGGGAUGAAGACUGGUGUCUCCAAAAUGUGCAAACAUAGGAAAUGAACUAACUCUCUUUUUCACAAACAACCAAUUCAGUAUCAAAUUCUCACCCUAGAUUAAAUCCCGCGCUCCUCCUACCUUGCCAAUCUGCCUCUACCCCGCCCCUUUAAUAGCUAUGGUAGGCGGGGCAGGGGAGCGACAUUCUUGGCUCCCCCUAAAUUGGUUAAGCUUGCCCCGAGUUUUGCUAUCUCACAUUUGAGCAAGCACAGAGGAAGCGUAACCAACCACUUAACGAAGAUCGCCGACCAAAUGAGAGCGGAGCAGCACACGCGGGCAAAGAAGGAAGCAAAACACGAAGAAAGGCAGUAGUCUAGCAGCCACAUGAGGUGGGCAAUCCCAUCUGCCCUGGGAGGUAGAACUUCAACUCCCAGCUUGCAAUUGGGCAGUCACCGCCCGAGGACUACAACUCCCAGAGUGCUGUGGGAGCGUCCGCCUGCCACUCCUCCCGCCCCUCCCCCGUCCCUCCCUGCCGGAUCGGCGUGCGCCUGCGCACGGGAAGCCGGAGGAGUCUUACCCUAAUGUAAGAUGGUGGCCCGUCUGGCUGUGGAACCCACCGAAAGCUGAGAGUGUCUCUCUCAGCCGUAAAGGUCGGACUCGCUGAAGCAAUCAGGCCCCGUUCUGAAGAGUUUUUUCCCCGACACUUGUCCAGUGGUCUCUUGUGAGGACGCGGCAGCUCGUGGAGUCGGCUAAGAGAAAAGCGAAGCAAGGCAGGCGGGUCUUUGAAGUUCUACAUUUUAAUUCUCAGUGCUGAACUUCUUUCUCCCUUAAAUUAUUAUAAACUUUUGCUGCUGUUUAAUAAACGUGAAGAUGUCUCGCAGUCCUGAUGCGAAGGAAGACCCUGUGGAAUGUCCUCUUUGCAUGGAGCCCUUGGAGAUAGAUGAUAUCAAUUUUUUCCCUUGCACCUGUGGCUACCAAAUUUGCCGAUUUUGUUGGCAUAGAAUUCGCACUGAUGAAAACGGGCUUUGUCCUGCAUGUAGAAAGCCAUAUCCAGAAGACCCAGCAGUUUAUAAACCACUCUCCCAGGAAGAAUUACAAAGGAUAAAGAAUGAGAAAAAACAGAAACAAAAUGAAAGAAAACAGAAAAUAUCAGAAAAUCGCAAACAUUUGGCUAGUGUACGUGUUGUACAAAAAAACCUCGUCUUUGUUGUAGGUCUGUCUCAGCGUCUAGCAGACCCCGAGGUUUUAAAACGACCAGAAUAUUUUGGGAAGUUUGGUAAAAUACAUAAAGUUGUCAUCAAUAACAGCACAUCAUAUGCAGGCUCACAGGGUCCAAGUGCCAGUGCUUACGUCACAUACAUCCGGUCAGAAGAUGCACUCAGAGCCAUACAGUGUGUCAACAAUGUGGUGGUAGACGGCAGAACGCUUAAGGCAUCUCUAGGUACAACAAAAUACUGCAGUUACUUCUUAAAGAAUAUGCAGUGUCCAAAGCCUGACUGCAUGUAUCUACAUGAAUUGGGGGACGAGGCGGCCAGUUUCACAAAAGAGGAAAUGCAGGCAGGUAAACACCAAGAAUAUGAACAGAAGCUACUACAAGAAUUAUAUAAAUUAAACCCCAAUUUUCUUCAACUAUCCACCGGUUCAGUUGAUAAGAAUAAGAACAAAGUGACCCCACUGCAGAGCCCCAUUGACAAACCUUCAGAUUCUCUCAGUAUAGGGAAUGGUGAUAAUUCCCAGCAGAUAUCUAACAGUGAUACACCUUCACCGCCACCUGGUUUAUCAAAAUCUAACCCAGCCAUCCCCAUCAGCUCAUCCAAUCACAGUGCACGGUCUCCUUUUGAAGGGGCGGUGACUGAGUCACAGUCGUUAUUCUCAGAUAACUUCCGCCACCCCAACCCUAUCCCGAGUGGGCUCCCCCCUUUCCCCAGCUCCCCACAGACAUCCAGCGACUGGCCCACGGCACCAGAGCCGCAGAGCCUCUUCACGUCAGAAACAAUCCCAGUAUCGUCCUCUACAGACUGGCAAGCAGCAUUUGGCUUUGGUUCUUCUAAACAACCAGAGGAUGACUUGGGUUUCGAUCCCUUUGAUGUCACUCGAAAAGCCUUAGCAGACCUGAUUGAAAAGGAACUGUCAGUCCAAGACCAGCCUUCCCUUUCACCCACAUCUCUUCAGAACUCCUCUUCACACACUACAACCGCCAAAGGUCCAGGCUCUGGAUUCCUGCAUCCUGCUGCACCUACAAAUGCCAACUCUCUCAAUAGUACCUUUUCAGUCUUGCCACAGAGGUUCCCUCAAUUUCAGCAGCACCGAGCAGUUUAUAAUUCAUUCAAUUUUCCAGGCCAGGCAGCCCGCUAUCCUUGGAUGGCCUUUCCUCGCAAUAGCAUCAUGCACUUGAACCACACAGCAAACCCCACCUCAAAUAGUAAUUUCUUGGACUUGAAUCUCCCGCCACAGCACAACACAGGUCUGGGAGGGAUCCCUAUAACAGGGGAAGAAGAGGUGAAGGUUUCGACCAUGCCACUGUCAGCCUCUUCCCAUUCAUUACAACAAGGACAGCAGCCUACAAGUCUCCACACUACUGUGGCCUGACAACACAACUGAGAGGAGAGGAUUAGACUCUGGGGUGCUUGCAUGGGCAACCGGAUUUUUGCAUGAUUCCUUUCUGAUUUUGCAUUUAAUGUAUACACCCAAAAGAGCCGAUAUAAACGUUCCUCCUGCCUACAACUAGCGUGUUACUUCAUAGUUGCUAAAGUAUUUCUUCACUAGGCGUUUAACACAAUUUAUGAGCAUAAUAAUUUUGGCAUUGUUUCUCAUGAGUGAUACUAUUUUUAACUCACAAAUAAACUUGUAGUACUAAUUAAGAUCCCAAAUGAGAUUAGCUAGAAUUGUUCUUAUUUUGGCUCUAUUAUUGAAAAUAUACAAAGAUAAUGGUAGUUCCUUGUUUUCUGAUUUGUAAAAAAAAAUGGUAAUAUCCUAAUAUAAUCAUGAAAACUUUGGAAAUUAAGAAAAUAAUGUCUAUUGCAUUCUUUGAAUACUUAAGAAAGAAUACAUAUAAGACAAAAUUGGUGGUGUCGUUUAAUGCUCAGCAGGAUGUUGUCAGCGAUUGUUUUUAGUUGUAUGGAUUUAUAUCCUAUAUUAUGCAUUACAUGUUUAGAAACUGUUUUUGUUCUCUCAUUUGCACAUUUGCACUUUCUUUUUGAAUGGUUGUUAAUUAUAUAGAGACGGUUAAAAAGAAUCAUUAUAGACUAAAUGCAAUAUAAUCUCUUUUCUAAUGCACUGCCUAGUAUACCAGGAAAUGCCUCAGAAACAGAAUUUCAACCUAAGUUGAUUUAUCAGAAACUUGCAUAUGGGGUAAACAUUGUAUGUGAAAAGCAACCAUAGUAGUGUAACAUUUUUCUUUGAACAAAAGGUACUUCUGUGGGACAUCUGUUGGAAAUUUCAUUGUUUAAUCAUUGAAAUGUGAUAAUAAAACCGUAUUGCAAGUACCUGACCAGAAUGGGACUAAGGUGGAAGAGAAAAGAGAUUGGGGAUCCUCUAAACUUAGGCCACGUAAGUUGUCCUAGAUCAUUUCAGUUAAUCGCAGAACAGAGUGGAGUACUUUAUUAGGACACAAUCUGACGUGAUAUUUUUGGGUAACACAAUUUUUUGAAAUAUUUUUUAAAACUGAUAAUGAAAGACAAUAAGCUGAAUUCAGUGCUGAGCCGUGGACAAAGAGCUGAUUCAGAAAACAUGGCCUGAGUUACGCAUCUGGCAAGAAGGGGGAAGUCACAGCUGCUCAAGAGGUUUCCACAUAACUAUUGUGACUUAAAAGAUUGCCUUCAUUUGUUAAAAAUAUUAAAAGGGUAAUGUGAAUACCAAAAAAGGAAGCAUUGAGGUUUAAAAUAAAUAAUAAAACACCUAAUGAGGAGAUGAUACUUAAUAUCUUGUUGGAGUUGGAGUUUUCAAGGGCGUCUCUCUACAUAAAGUCUGAUUACUUUGCAUUAGAUGUAAUACAAGUUAAAUGGCUUUGUCCUGAGUUAUAGUGGGGUAAGCUAAAAUCUGUUCUUAGAUAUCCUUUAUUUGGUUAACUGAGGGUGUAGAAGCACCUACUUUUCUAGCUAUUUGAAUUAUUUUAGCGAAAUUCUGCAUAAAUGACAAUCUCUAAUUUUUUGGAAGUCAUUUUAGGACAGCAUUACAAGAAAUUUAGAAAAUACAAAUGAAAUACUGUACACUUACUAGAAGCCUUUUAUCAUGGCUUCAUGAUGGUUGUAUUUCUGCUGUAAGACAUUCACUUCAAUGUCUCUUGUGGCUCUGAGGCCCUGGGCUUUGGGAACAGACGAGCUCCCUGAGCUGAGUGGAGCGUCGCUUCCUCCAGCCACCAGUGCAAGCCUUUCAUCUCCUGGAUCUUCUUUCAGAGACGUGAGAGGUGGUUAGCUCCUGUUUACGUACUUCUCUGUGUUGAGAGAUACACCUGUGAAACAAGACUUCUUUCCUGUGGUAGCUUCCUCUGUCCUCUCUCGUUCCCAGCCGGUGCCAAAACACCGUCAGGUCGUUUGCCCAGACUCGCUGGGACCCAGAACUGUUUCCCUGCCGCCUCCUCCCCCUCCCCACUUCCGCACACACCACACGCCAGGACAGUGCUUCUAAAGAAAGCUGCUAGGCUUCAGUUGAUGCAUUUUCACAUAGAAAGCUAAAGAUUAUCCUCUACCUAUCUUUGUAAUUUGAGAUCUUGUAGGCUGAAGAAAAACAAGCAUUACUGUCUUACUUAAUAUUUCAUAUAGUAUGGUUCUUAAAAAGAUUAAAAAGAUUUUAUUUAUUUUUAGAAAUAGAUCAGGGAGGG